AUGACUCUAUCCCAUUGGAUCUGUUUCUAUGGAGGACCCUUAUAUUGGGAGAGAUCUGUGGGACGUUCUGUGAGAAGAACAUUCCAGCAGAAGGAGAGCACGUUCAAAGGUCCUGAGAUGAGAAGAGGAAAGAACAAAUCCCGGGAAGCUGCAGCUGAGAAUGCAGAUAUUUUUUAUUAUAAUUAUUGCCUUAUUCACAAUGUACAGAGGGAUUUUAUCAUACAAACUGGUGAUCCUACAGGCACUGGUCGUGGAGGAGAGUCUAUUUUUGGUCAACUGUACGGUGAUCAAGCAAGUUUUUUUGAGGCGGAAAAAGUGCCAAGAAUUAAACACAAGAAGAAAGGCACUGUGUCCAUGGUGAACAAUGGCAGUAAUCAGCAUGGAUCUCAGUUUCUUAUCACUACAGGAGAAAAUCUAGAUUACCUUGAUGGUGUUCAUACAGUGUUUGGCGAGGUGACGGAAGGCAUGGAAGUUAAGAAAAUUAAUGAGACCUUUGUUGACAAGGACUUUGUACCAUAUCAAGAUAUAAGGAUAAAUCAUACAGUGAUUUUAGAUGAUCCAUUUGAUGACCCUCCUGAUUUAUUAAUUCCUGAUCAAUCACCGGAACCCACAAGGGAACAAUUAGAUAGUGGCCAAAUAGGAGCAGAUGAAGAAAUUGAUGAUUCUAAAGGAAGAUCAGCUGAAGAAGUAGAAGAAAUAAAGGCAGAAAAAGAAGCCAAAACUCAAACUAUUCUUCUAGAGAUGGUGGGAGACCUACCUGAUGCAGCUAUUAAACCUCCAGAAAAUAUGCUGUUUGUUUGUAAAUUGAAUCCAGUGACCACAGACGAGGAUCUGGAAAUAAUAUUCUCAAGAUUUGGGCCAAUAAGAAGUUGUGAGGUUAUCCGGGAUUGGAAGACAGGAGAGUCCCUCUGUUAUGCUUUUAUUGAAUUUGAAAAGAAAAAAGAUUGUGAGAAAGCGUUCUUUAAAAUGGACAAUGUACUUAUAGAUGACAGAAGAAUACACGUGGAUUUUAGCCAGUCUAUUGCAAAGGUUAAGUGGAAAGGAAAGGGUGGGAAAUACACUAAGAGUGAUUUCAAGGAGUAUGAAAAGGAACAGGAUAAACGCUCUAAUUUGGUCCUGAAAGAUAAAGUAAAACCCAAACAGGAUGCAAAAUACGAUCUAAUCCUAGAUGAGGAGGCAGAAGAAAAGUCCAGUCACUCACACACCAGUAAAAAACACAAGAAGAAAAGCCGGCACUGCUCUGAAGAGAAGGAAGAUGAGGACUACAUGCCGGUCAAAAAUACUAACCAGGAUAUCUACAGGGAGAUGGGGUUUGGUCACUAUGAAGAAGAAGAAAGCUGUUGGGAGAAACAAAAGAAUGAAAAGAGAGACCGACCUCAGAACCAAAGUCGCAGCCGAUCUCGAGAAAGGGAUGGCGACUGUAGCAAUAGUCACAGGUCCAAGUACCACACUGACUCUUACGUAAGAGAGAGGGGUAAGAGGAGAGGCCGGAGCAGAAGUCCAAAGAAAUCUAAAGAAAAAUCCAAGUACAGAUGAAAGCAUGAGUGGGCACUGUAGAGUGCCAGAAAAACAGAUGUUCAG